CGGCGUUGGCGCACGCGCAGGACCGCCCGGCCGCGUAGCUCCGUCUGCAGGGACGCCUGGCUGGAGGUUGCGCCGCGAGUACGAUGUCGGAGAUGAACGAGCUGUCCGAGCUGUAUGAAGAGAGCAAUGACCUGCAGAUGGAUGUGAUGCCCGGCGAGGGUGACCUUCCGCAGAUGGAGGUAGGCGGCGGGAGCCGGGAGCCCUCCCCGAACCCCUCCCGCCACGGGGCCCAGCCGCAGCUGGAGGAGGAAGGCCCAAUGGAGGAGGAGGCGGCCCAGCCAAUGGCGGAGCCGCAGGGGGAACGAGGCCUUGCUCCCCGGCCCAGCCCGGGGGAGCAGCCGGGCCAGCUCGCCGGCCCUGACUUCGAGAGCGAGGACGAGGGUGAGGAGUUUGAUGACUGGGAGGACGACUACGAUUAUCCGGAAGAGGAGCAACUGAGCGGUGCCGGCUACAGAGUAUCCGCGGCCCUGGAGGAAGCCAACAAGAUGUUUCUGAGAACGUCCAGAGCCAGAGAAGCAGCCCUGGAUGGCGGGUUUCAAAUGCAUUACGAGAAGACCCCGUUUGAUCAGUUGGCGUUUAUCGAAGAGCUUUUUUCACUUAUGGUUGUCAAUCGCCUGACCGAAGAACUCGGCUGUGAUGAGAUUAUUGACAGAGAGUGAUUACAUGCUGUUAAAAGAGGAGGAAGCUACUUGAGGAGAGACCCGACAUUCCACGGUCUUUUGGGCUCAUUCCAGAUAGAUAGUAACGGUGCCAAGGAAAAAAGUCGAUCUUCAAAGAAAAUUUUUGUUGUUGUUGUUGUGCAGAGUAGAAUAGGGGCAGUGACUGCGCUCUUAUGAAAGCAUUGUUGGAGAAGAAGAAGAAACAUAUCAGGACUGUGGAAAUCUGUUUUCAAGAAUGUUCCUGAAACACCUGCCGCUUAGACUUUGUUACUGAUCCCGAUUAUUUUCCUUGCAUUGGGGAAAAUGCCUUUCAUAUUUCACUAUAAGGAAUGGUUUUGCAAGAAUAAGUUAUGACCAAGACAAACUGCCAGUACAAGACCCCCACUGAUACCAAUUACGUGAGAAAAAGUAGUAACAUCCAAUUUAGGACACAAGAUGUCUGAAUCGUUUGGACUGAAAGCCCACUGAGGGAACUCUGGAGGUUCCACUUUGUGGUCUGUCCAAGCCAGUGUUCAAAGGCUAAAUUUUUAGUGUAAAAAAAAAAAAUUGGGUAUUCUUCACUAUCCCAAAAAGAUAAACCCAAGAAGAAAUAUGUGUCAUGUGUGAUCUAUCUCAAAAUGUGUUUUCAAGAGCAUCUGAAAUUUUGUUUGUACAUGUAUCUUGAUCAUUUAUAAAGCUACUAUGAUCUAUAAUUCAAGAAAAUUUGUCUUGCCAUUUUUAAAACUCAAAAAUUAAGACGUCCAUAAUUUCAAAGUUAGACAUUAAAAUGUAUGUGAAAGAACAGACUAUUUCUGAUACUCUUACAUACUAGAGAAGUUGUUUUACUUGCUCUCUGUUUUUCAUUUAACUUACAGGUGAAGGACUUUGGUUGAACUUCAUAAUAUAAGAACUGUUAAAGUGAAAAUGUCAAGUAAAAGGAAAGCCCUACAUCCAAAAAGAAAGACUGAACAAUUAUGCCCUCAACCCUUAAAGGUUUUAAAACCUGCCCAGAAAUCCACCUCAGUAUCUGAAGUUUCCCUCUGUCUCCUCCUCUAAUUACGCUUGUCAUUGGUUAUGCACCAGCAUUCGAGAUAAUAAAACUUCUUGUUCUGUGUA